AUGGACGAUCUAUACCACCCUGAGGUAGAUGUUGAAUAUCUUGAGGAAUAUGUGCCUGGCGGAUACCACCCAACUCUGAUCGGAGACCGCUUUGGUAGCGGCCGCUAUACUGUCGUUCACAAGCUUGGGUUUGGUGGAUAUUCAAGCAUCUGGCUCGCGCGGGAUCAGCAACGCCAGCGCUAUGUAUCGCUAAAGAUACUGACUGCGAGAGCAUCAUCAGAUAGCCGCGAGGGGGACGUCCUUGAACACUUGAUGAAGAGUGACCUUGCUCAUGUUAUUCCGCGGCUACUGGACCAAUUCUCGUUCCACGGUCCAAACGGACAUCAUCGGUGCUUGGUCGGAGAACCUGCGGGAGGUAGUAUUGCUAAGGCUAAGGAGGACAGCACAAAUCUCAUGUUUCCAGUGGACGCUGCUCGAUCUAUCGCCGCCCAGCUCCUCUUAGGGCUGUCUUAUUUGCAUGCAACCGGGGAGCGCUUCGGCGAACCCUUCGCGGUUCCUAUCCGGCGCGUAGAUGGAAAGCCCGGGGACCCCCACGCACCGCCGCAUGCCAUCUAUCCCAUGGCGUUGGGCAUGCCCGCCAACGAGCUGGAUGACCCCGAAAUCAUCAUCUCGGAUUACGGAACGUCCUUUCUUGUGGCACGGAGACCCUCGCCGACUCUUCACACCCCCGGCCCUCUACUCCCCACCCGAAGACCUCUUCAACGAGCCCAUCCUUCAGCCCACCGCGGCCGAUAUCUGGACCCUCGGCGUCGACUUGUAUGA